AGAAAAGUACAUAAUAGAAAUUGACAGUCACAGCCUAACACACUCACGUGUGUGCAACAUGCACUGUGUGCAAGAGAGAAGACCUAAUGGCACAAUUGAGGUCGGCAGGAAGACAGCAAGUAGUAAGGAUGGAAUGAUUUAGGAAAAUAUUAUGGAUGAGUUGUGGUUAAUGUUUCUCUUAUACGGCAGGUAUGUAUAAAGAAUAAAUAAGUGAACAUUCUAGUUAAAUUGCUUUCUGAAGCAGAAAUGCUAGGUAAACUUGUUUCUAACUUAUGCCUGACUACAAAAUGUGAAUAAAAAUGAUGACUUCUGACUUCACAGAUCUUACAUUGAAAUAUAAACAGAUAUUUAAAGUUUAAAUAUUAGUUCAUAACAUUUGAUGUUAACUCAUCAUCAUGUUUUAUAACAAAAUAGCCUCAAUUUACAGUAUGUUAAAGCAAAACAAGGCUUUUGAGAUACCAUAGGAAAAUCACCAUUUUCUAUUAACUACAUUUAAAUGGUUCAAUACUGUGAUAGAUGACUAACGGAGUAUUUCUAUGGGUAAUAACAAUUAAUUUUCAAUUGAUAACAUUGGAAGGCAGAGUUGAGAGGGGAGCAUGCCAAUAAAAGAAUGAAAUAAUAAUUGCUAUCAUUGAACAUAAUUUCAAAUUUAGAGAUUUUGAAUGUUUACGUGAAUAACAAAAUUUAAAAUCACAUAUGCCAUCAACAGAAACAAGGAAAUAUAAGGAAACUCUUAGCAGGAAAAAAAAAAAAAAAAGAAAAUGUUGGGGAUUUAUUGAGCAAUAGUUUAAAAAUACACUUGACCAUCUUUUUAGAGUAACUGUCAUUCACAGGAUUUAUUCUUCUUAUAGGGAACUGGAAAAAUUGUAAGGCACACUAUCUCCAGUUUGCAAGUGAGAGUACAAAAGCCAAGAAAAGCAAAGUAACUUGUAUUUCUGAUUUAAUCUUUCCUACAGAUGAAACACGAAAUGAAAAAAGCUGAAGGCAAUGUCUCUACAGUGAUGCAAUUUGUACUGCUGGGAUUUUCUGAUCUUUCAAAUCUCCAAGAGUUUCUAUUUGGAGUGUUCUCCAUCAUGUACAUACUUGUUAUAAUUGGAAAUAGCCUCAUAAUAAUACUAACCAGACUUGAUCCCGCAUUACAGAAACCCAUGUAUUUUUUCCUGGCAAAUUUUUCCUUAUUGGAAAUUUCUUAUGUAACUGUCAUGCUCCCCAAGAUGCUAGUGAAUAUUUGGACUCAGGAUAGAAGCAUUUCUCUGCUGGGAUGUGCCACCCAAAUGUGCUUCUUUCUUAUGCUGGGGGCCACUGAAUGUUUCCUCCUGGUUGUGAUGGCUUAUGACCGCUAUGUGGCCAUUUGUAACCCUCUGCACUAUCUUCUAGUCAUGAACCAAAAGAUGUGUGUCCAGCUAGCAGUUGGUUCCUGGAUCAUUGGCAUCCCAGUCCAGAUACGGCAAACAGCUCAGAUUUUCUGUCUGCAUUUUUGUGAUUCUAACCAAAUUAACCACUUCUUCUGCGACAUCCCUCCCGUUAUCAAGUUGGCCUGUGGGGACACUUUCGUUCAUGAGAUGUCUGUCUAUGCUGUAGCUACGUUUUUCGUUGCUGUCCCUUUUAUGUUGAUACUUGCCUCCUACAGUAAAAUCAUUUGCACCAUUUUAAAGUUGCCAACAGCCUCAGGACAGGCUAAAGCCUUCUCCACAUGUUCUUCCCACCUGCUGGUUGUGGUUUUAUUCUUUGGAUCUGCUGCCAUCACCUAUUUAAGACCCAGAUCCAAUCAUUCUGCAGGAAUGGACAAACUGUUCUCUCUUUUCUACACCAUAGUGACUCCGAUGUUGAAUCCCAUGAUAUACAGCCUUAGAAACAAGGAUGUUAUUGCUGCACUGAGAAAAUUCUUUCUUAAAGAGUAGCAUGAUGAGGUAGCCACAAUCAAACCGAACCCAGUGCCGUUGAGUCGAUUCUGACUCAUAGCGACCCCAUAGGACAGAGUAGAACUGCCCCAUAGAGUUUCCAAGAAGUGCCUGGCGGAUUCAAACUGCCGACCCUUUGGUUAGCAGUCAUAGCACUUAACCACUAUGCCACCAGAGUUUCCAUGAUGAGGUAGAGACAACCUAAAUGUCCAUCAGUAGAUGAAUGUGGUGCAUACAAUAUUAUUCAGUCAUAAAGAGAAAUAAAGUCCUGAUACACACAACACAUGAAUGAAACUUGAAAACUUUAUGCUGAGUGAAAUAAGUCAGUCGCCCAAGGACAAAGACUUCAUGAUCUCACUUAUAAAAUAUGGAAAUAUAUAGCAGC